GGAAAGGCAGGCAGAAGUAAAACUCGACAGCUCGGCAGUCUGAAUUCUGAAAUUCGUUGAGCUUGCUGACUAAGUGUCGUCGAACGAACUUUGUUUCCCCCCCGAGAAGUUCGGCGUGAAAUUCAAUUUAAUUGUCAAGUUCAACAACAAACUACUCAUUCGUUCCAAAAUGUUCGGAUUCUCAAAUAUCCACUUGUUCAUUGCACUUUUAAUCCUCGCGGUCUUCAAUGAUUCCAUCAUGGUUUCUGCUCACCCAUCUCGUGCAAUCAAAAAAAGACCAAGUGACACCUCGUCAGCAUCUCGACAGCGACGGUUGACAAGAAUGACAACAGAGGACCAGGAUGCCGCAUUCCUGGCUGUGGUUUCUGCCAAUUUUAAAAACGCUGGUCCUGAGCCGGUUUAUUCUGGUUCCAUCAUCUCACCCAAAUGCGUGCUGACAUACUUCGACCAACUGACUGAAAAGUUUUGGGAACCGACUGGUCAGAUUGUUGAUGGCGCAACUCUUACAGCCGGUGUCCAAUCGAGUGCUCGGCCUACUGAUAUUCAAACCCGGUUUGCGCCAAUUGCGAACAUCGUGCCAUUUCCGGGACAAACGCCGGAAAGCCGAAAUGACGUCAACUCUUUGUUCAGAAACAGUAUGGCCCUGGUGAAAGUCGAACAGGCAUUCAUCCUGGGAACAGGCGUAAAGAGCAUAAAAAUUGCCAGAAACGUCGGCCCCAGUUUGUUGAAUGUGAACAAUCUGGGUAUUUACACCCACAUCAUCACGAAUAAAGUCACCUUAGCUGCAGCUACAAAAAAGGCAAAUGCAUCUGUCGAAGGUGUGGAGUGCCCAAAAUCCAUCCCAAGAUACAUAGGUUCAGUCAAUACUACGGUCACCUCAUGCGUCACAGUCGAACCACUUGACAGCUCAUCAUGCGUCCAGUUGCCAGAAGGAUCCGCAGCUGUCCUCCGAGGAUCCGACGACACACUCUACUUGACAGCGAUGACCAAAGGGGAUAUUUGCAAAACGAGUCCCACCACUGUUUUCCUUGGAUCAUCCAUGGCAUUCUCGGAUCACUUGGACACGAUUUGCAACGAACCCGAUGUCGACUGCGCAGAAGCAAAAUACCGAUUUGCGAGGAGAAAAUUAAAUGCUGUACUGUACUGAGAAAUUAAGUACGGCAAAUGGAUCUGGCACAACCAGCGCCACCGCCUUCUUUUCCAGAGCUCAAUCUUUAAGACCACAUAUGAUUAAAAAGGAUGAAUUUCUGGCAGCCAUUUUGAAAAUUAAAUUCAUUUUGAAGUUUAAAGACACGAGGGCAGCAGUUGGAAGGAUAAUAACUUCAGGGGUGCCACUGAGUCUUCGACAGAGGUUAAUAUGUCUUUAAAAUACUCAUGUAUUCAUUCCAAAAGUUUUCAGAGAGGAAAAUGCUGCAGAAACUCAUUUGGCAACUGAAAAAAUCCUUAUUUUGACGUUCAUUUACCGGAUGUUGAACAAUUAAUGCAGGCAAACAAAAGAAUCCGCGGGCCAAGGAAUAGUAUAGAAACAUUAAUCCUGGCACUACUAUUUGGCCGUUUUGAACUCUUAAUUUGUCAGGACUAUGAGGGAAAAAAAACUUGUUGUACGUUGUUUUCAUGCAUUUUUCACUUCAAUGCACGUGAAAAGAUGGUGGAUGAGUUAGCAAAGAGUUUUGGAGCUGAUCCAAAACGGUUGUGCGCAAAUAAAAUCAUUACAACUCCGAA